CCGUUUUCCGUGGGAGUCGAGUCGAGUCAACUCGCUUCGAAACUGCUCCAAAUCACUUCACGCUUCACAAUUACGCGUGUCAUUAAAGCUCACAGACCAAAGCCAUUUCGACGCAAGAACAUCCCACAAAACUUUGAGAGCUACAAAGGAAAACGCAAACACCGAAACCAAAACUGCCCCCAUGAUGUUUCCCGUCCAAAAAACAGCUCGCGACUUUGAGGAACUCGUUCAGGAAAACAAAUACGAGGAGGCCUCCCUUCUCUUAUCCGAUGACGAAUUUCAAUUCAUGUCCCCCUUUGGUAAAUUCAAGAGCAAGAAAGAGUGGCUCAAGAAAUUCCCCAGAGCCCAUGCCACCAUGCCCACGAUACUCUUUGGAGAAUAUCACGAGCAAAAUCCCAACCAAGUCGAGCGCCGUGGAAGCAAAAAGGUUGCCCUCUUUACCAUCAAUGUGAAGCAGGUGAUUGAGGUGGACAAAGAUGGUAAGAUCAAGAGGAUUUCGGCUUCCAAAGAGUAGAAGAGUGGCACAAACUAAGAGUCAUAAUGAAGUGGAUUGUAUCCUCC